AUACAAAUAUUUGUCAGAAAAAUACUGAACUGUGUUUACAUAAAAGAAGUUCAAGAUUAAAGCGGGAUGAAGACAAUACGUUCCCCAGCUCACCAGAUACAUCAUCACAAGCCUUCAAAGAACAAGUCAUUGGUGUAGAAGGAGAAAUUGUUCCAGUUUUCUUCCAUGUUUACUCAGUCGGCCAGACUCUUCAGUGCCUAACAAGGGAUCUCUUAUCUCAAAGCCUCGUGGAUCCAAAGUUUAAGUGGAUUGGCCCAAAUGGACUAAUUACUAAAGAAUCUCAAAGAUUUGUCAUCACAAACAAUGGAAACUUGUUGUUUGAUACCAUUUAUGUAGUUGAUUCCGGAAAUUAUACCUGCAAUCUUACAUACAGACUAGAUCUGAAACAAGAAUCAAGAUUGGUCAGAUAUACAGUCUAUGUGUAUCACAAUCCAAAAAAAAGUGUCCGCCUGGAAGCAGAUUUCUACACAAAUAAGUGUAAUAACAACGAGAUUACUAAGUUUGAGAAACAAUUGCAGAAGCAGUUAGAAGAUGCUGUCCAGGACUUGCAGUGUGAGGUGCACCACUGGAAUUCUGCCUGCCACAGUAUCAAGCCCUCAAAAACACCAAUGAGCCAUAUAUUUAAUUUUCAAUUCAUUGUGUUUCCAUUUGCACUUGGCUGGGCUGAUCAGUGCAAUGAUACGUAUUGUGACCAACAGUCUGAAGAUCGUGUGAAAAAGGCAUACAUGCGAAUCAAGUCUUUCAUUGAGGACUACUAUCCUUUUAAAAGAAAGUUCCAAAAUAUUGACUACAUUGCUAACUCUCUAAAUGGUGUGAAAGUAGAUCACUGCAAACCAGGAUUUGGCAAAAAUAUCAUAACGAGUAUUCACUGUGAAGGGUGCUGUGUAGCAUGUCCACCUGGACACUUCAGUGCAAGACAAGACACAAUCUGCACUCCCUGCGCCUUUGGUUCAUUUAAUCGGCAUUAUGGAAAGACUGAAUGCACAAACUGCCCACAUGAUGAAGCUACCAAUAGAAGUGGUGCAACCUCUCAACAGGAAUGUCAUUGGAUUAUAUACCCAUGGAUAUUACCUGUGGCCUCUUCAAUAGGAACCUGCAUCUUAUUUAUAACCAUUUUGAUAUUAUGCCGGAAGUAUCGUAAGGCACGAAUGAAGGGAAAAUAUGUUCAGGUGAAAGAUGAAGAGGUAAAAGAAGAGGUGAAAUCACUGGCAAAUAUUAUUAAAAGUGUUGAUCUACUGGAACAGAAAAGCAAAUUAAGGCCAUCUGAAUUUAUUGUUAGGCACUCACCAGAACAUCGAGUGGGAUUUUCAGAUGAUCAAUGCAUUGACUUACUUAGUGAUACCGACACUGAAACAGGAAAGACUUUUGACUCUUUAUUGUCUGAUGAAACUACAUGCCUGGAAACCAGUGUGGAGGAAUGCAGAUCUAUAUACACAUCUGAUGAUUCUUGCUUUAUGUCAAGAAGUUCAACUCCGCAAAAACUAGAAGCAGUCUUCAGGCAUGGAAGGUAGUAGUGUUCAUGGAUUUUGUGCCAAAAUCUGUAUAGAUGUGGUCCCACAUAGAUAAUCUGUGGUUUGCAGACCCUGUUGCACAUUGUUCUUUGAGUGUAUACUGUAGAUAAUGCUAAAAGAAAAAUCUAAGACUGAAAGUCGUAUCAUCUUAAAGUAUUUAUUUAAAUGCUUAAUUCAUCAACAUGAAAAAAAAUGUUUAAAUUAUAUACUUAUGGAAAUAUAAACAAGGGAAUAAAGUUCAUAUAUUCUGAUAUAGCAAAUGUUGUUUUUCUUACUGUAAUAACGUUA